AUGGCUGCUAGCACUACUGCAAGUGUAUGUCCCAGACAACAAACAACCGUCUCCAGCACGAAGGGGCCUAGAUCGGAACAUAUCGAGUACUUCAAAGGGGAACCCUUGAAUCGCGAGCCUUCAAUACAGAAACUUGUAUCCAGCUUCAUUACAAAAGGGGAUGCAACUUAUGACCGCAACCAUAGCGAAAUCCCUCAUAUCAAUGCUAAAAUCCACACCAUCACAAUCGACGGACAAGUAACCAACCCUCUAAAACUAUCUAUAAACGAUCUAAAGUCCAACUUCCCGCAACAUGAGGUCACAUGCGCCCUCCAAUGCGCCGGUAAUCGUCGACAUACCAUGCGCACACUGCUCAAAGAAGUACAGGGGAUAGACUGGCUAGACGGCGCAGUAAUGAAUUGUAAAUGGAAGGGGCCACGAUUGAGAGAUGUGUUAAUUGCUGCUGGUGUAGAUCAGCCUGCUGCGAAGGAGAGAAAGCAGUUUGUGGCGUUUGGGUGUCAUCAGGCUGCGUGUCAGGAUGAUACGUGGUACGGCGGCAGUGUGGAGUUGGAACGGUGUAUGAGUUUGGAGGAUGAGGUUAUUCUUGCUUUGGAGAUGAACGACACCCCCUUAACACCCAACCACGGCUACCCCGUCCGUGUCGUCAUCCCUGGCGUCGCAGGCGCCAGAUGGGUGAAAUGGCUGGACCGCGUCACAAUCCAAGACGGACAUUGCCAAAACUAUUACCAGCAGUAUGACUACAAGGUCUUGCCGCCGGAAGUUGACGAUUCGGACAAGGCAAAGGAGUAUUGGAUGAAAGUGCCGCCUUUGUCGGAUAUGCCAAUCAAUUCUGUGAUUGCGUCGCCGGAUGAUGGUGAAACGAUUAGAUUAUCUGCCGAUGGUAGGGUCGAUGUAAAGGGGUAUGCUCUGCCGCAGGGUUGUGAUGGGCCAAUUACUCGGGUUCAAGUUUCCGGAGAUGGAGGGAAGACGUGGGUUGAUGCUCAAUUGGAAGCACCCGAAGGCGAGAAUGUAAAUGAGAAGUGGUGCUGGAAGUUAUGGAAGGCUUCAGUGCAUAUGGAGAAAGGCCCUGGAAAGGUUGUGUUUAGUCGAGCUUUUGACGCUGCAGGAAACACUCAGCAGGAAAGCUGCCCCUGGAACCUGCGAGGAUUGGCUUAUAACGGGUAUGGAAUGUCGAAAGAUCUGAAUAUUGUAUAG